GGUUAGCUGAGAGGCUGUUGCUGAACUUUCGUUAAAAGUAUCAUUUUUCUCACUUUCAUUAAAAAUCUUAAAUCGCCUGGACCUUUCCACCUGGGUUCGACUACAAAAUGUUUUUCCUGACUUUGAGAAGUGUUCAUCACUCACAACUUUCAACUCUUGGGCUUCGUAGAGUUUUCUCCCAGAGGACUUUACCCACUCUCACUCUGUUCACAAAGGAUCCGUGUCCCCUGUGUGAUGAAGCUAAAGAAAUCCUUGAACCUUACAAACACCGGUUUGUUUUUCAGCAGGUGGACAUCAGUCUGCCACAGAACAGAAUGUGGCUUGACAGAUACAAGUUUGACAUUCCUGUCUUUCAUCUGAAUGGACAGUUUGUGAUGAAACACAGAGUGGACAUUGCCCUGUUAGAGCAACUGCUGCAGGACACAGAGAAGCAUAAAAUAUGACAUGUACCAUGAUCUAUUUCUACCCAUCUCUCUGGCAUUGAACAUCCAGCAUCUUCACAGUAUUCAACAAUAAAUCAGUAUUUUUCCUUAUUUUGUUCUUUAUAGUUUUCUUGGUAAUUUCAUAUUGUUGAAUGUUGCAGGAAUUGCUAUAUUGUAAAAUAGAAAAUGUUUCUAGUGACAAAAAUGCUAUGUGAAGUACGCACUCUGAGUGCUGCAUAAAGCUACCAAAGGUCACGUAGUUUGGAAGAAAAAUUUGAGUAAAUGUGUUGAGGAUGUGAACAAAUUGCUGACAUCAGUCAUGAAACAAUUUCAUAACUGAGGAACAUACAUUUGUUUUUAAGAUACCGAAAGAAUGCAUCAUGUUAUAGUACACAGACAAGAGAA